AUGGCAAUCAUUGAUCUCAUCAAGCAAAUCAAUGAAGUGGUUGACAGUCCACCCUCUCCUAAUGCUAUCAGCGACGAGGAGAGAGUAGCCCUCUUGGCGAGUCUCGAUAAGCUAAGAGCUGUAGUCGAGACACCCGUUGAUUUUACCACUCGGGUUAUCUUUGGUGCACAUGAACAAGUAGGGCUUCGACUUGGAAUCGAAAUGGGCAUCUUUAACACCAUGGCUGCCAUUGGUGCUGGUGAAUUAGACGUAUCUGAAAUUGCACAAAGGACUGGAGCUGCGAAACUGUUGGUUAGCAGGGUCAUGAAGCUCUUGGCUGCGAUGAACCUGUUUAAGGAAGUUGGAGAGGAUAGAUAUGCAAAUGGGGCUUUUGCGCCCGCAUUUUCAGAUGCCUCACCUUUGCCCAAGGCUGUUACUCACAUUGUCACAGCUAGUGAAGUGCUCAUCAAGCUUCCAGCAUACCUCAAAAAAACCAACUAUCAGAAUCCAGAAAAUACUAAUGACGGACCCUUUCAAUAUGCCAUGGACACCAAACUUCAAUACUAUGAAUGGCUAAAGACAGAACCUGAACAAGCCAUCGCUCUCAAUACUACAAUGAUGUUGCAGCGUAUGGAUCGUGGCGAGCCAUGGUAUGAUUAUUACCCCGUCAAAUCAAAGAUCGGUACCUCCUUUGAUGGAAAGACACCUCUUAUGGUCGAUGUCGGUGGAAACAUCGGAAUCAACAUUGGUAAUUUCCAUGCUCGAUUUCCAGAACUUUCUGGUGCCCUUAUUCUUGAGGACUUACCCGAGGUCAUCUCUAGUAUUCAGGAACUAGAUCCUGCAAUCAACCGCAUCCCACAUAGUUUCCUUGAGCCACAGCCCGGCAUAGCCAAAGGUGCUAAAUUUUACUUCCUCGGCACCAUCCUCCAUGAUUGGCCGGAUGCAGAUUGCAAGACAAUUUUAUCCCAUAUUCGAAAUGUCAUGACCAAAGAUUCAAUUCUUCUCUUGUAUGAGAAUGCUGUUCCUGAUACGAACGCUGGUUUGUAUCAAGUCAAACUUGAUUUCGUCAUGAUGAGUCUGUUUGCUGCAACUGAUCGCCCUGCAUUUGCCCCACUACUCGUUGUCCCAGUCUCUAAAUUGUUGUGGGGGGUUGAUGGAGUAGUUCCAUUCCGCCGAUGUUCCGAUGAUGCAAUUUACCGGUGA